GUUCGACCGCGCGUAUCAGCAAGGAACGCAGAUGGGAACACUGACGAGUUAUGAUGCGAAGCGAGGUGCAAAGCUCGGACUGUCCGUAACGGCAAUUACUGAUCCAGUCAGAGCCUCAGACUCUGAGCCUGCGGCCGGUUACAGAACCACUGCCUGCGUCAGGGUUACCUAUCC